UGAAGUUUUAUAAUAAUGCGUCACGUUUCUUAGCGUAAGGACUGCGUGUUGCUUAGCAACCAAUUUACCUCGCCAGAAAGGAAGCUAACAGCUUUCUCCGUGAGAAAGAAGUGAUUUAGGAAGUGUGGAACUUUAAUUUCAGUAAAAUAAAACAGUUUUGCACCGAUCGUGACAACUAAAUAACAAACUGUGUUACAUCGUGUGUUUGCUCCUGCCUGCCAACGCAGGAGCGAUCUUCUGUAUCUUGCGCAACAUAAAGCUAAUUCCCUACGAAGUUUACGCUACUGCGUAAAAAUAAAAAAAAAAAGAAGCGUCAAUCGUGUCGGUUUAUAUUUUCGCUCCCAUGUUUCGUCAGUGAUGCGCUAUCCAGUGGCUUCUCCCCCAACGCGGCUUGUCUUCUGCUCACUCACUACACCACUCCUGCUUCGACGCAUGAAUUUCCUGCGCCGUCGGCUCUUUCCAGCUGAACAGUCUGGCGUUUGCCCGGCCCACCGUAGCACAACACCGGCUGCUUUGCCCUCUUGUUCCAGAAGGCAGUCCCCCGUCAUGACCUCCUCCUUCUGCGGCUCCAGUGAAAUUCGCUAAAUGGGAUUUGCGGCUGGCCCAAGGUUUCCAUUAAUGUUUGAAUGAGGACAGCCGUCCGGGUUCUGAGCGGCUUUCUGGCGGUGCGUCUCUGAUUUUUGGGCUGAAUCUGAAGACGCGUUAAAGGUCUGCACAUGGGGGCAGGGCAAGAGUAAGCCCAAGGAGCCGGGCCAGCGUUCCAUGAGCCUGGAUGGUACCAUAGGCACAGGCUCAGACAGCGGACACUUCCACCACCUGGGCCCCUCUCAGCAGACGCAGACCCCCAACCGAAGCCCUGCUGUCGGCACAGGCAGGCCGAGGUACCAGGGGCAGCACCAACACGCCCCGACAAACACCCCAGAACUGAGUCUCUUCGGAGGGGUGGACCACACAGGAACAGUAACAUCACCUCAGAGAGGACCUCUGUCAGGAGGCGUCACUACAUUUGUGGCGCUGUACGACUACGAGUCGCGGACAGUGAGCGACCUGACCUUCAGGAAAGGCGACCGGCUGCAGAUUGUGAACAACACGAAAAAGUACAGCUUCAGAGAAGGGGACUGGUGGUUCGCUCGCUCGCUCACAACAGGAGAAAGCGGUUACAUCCCCAGCAACUACGUGGCUCCGUCCGACUCCAUCCAAGCUGAAGAGUGGUAUUUCGGGAAGAUCACUCGACGUGACUCGGAGAGGCUCCUUUUGAACCCGCAGAACCGACAAGGAACCUUCCUAGUGAGAGAGAGCGAGACCACGAAAGGGGCGUACUGCCUGUCAGUGCUGGAUUAUGACAACACCAAAGGCCUCAAUGUAAAACAUUACAAGAUCAGGAAGCUGGAUAGCGGAGGUUUCUACAUCACCACUCGCACCCAGUUCACCAGCUUACAGCAACUAGUCUUCCACUACCGCAAGCACUCAGAUGGGUUGUGUCAUGCUCUGACGGAUGUAUGUCCAGUGGCCAAACCUCAGACGCAAGGCUUGGCCAGGGAUGCCUGGGAGAUUCCUCGAGAGUCCCUCCGAUUGGAUGUUAAACUCGGACAGGGCUGCUUUGGAGAAGUCUGGAUGGGAACAUGGAAUGGUACAACGCGGGUAGCCAUUAAGACCUUAAAGCCGGGCACUAUGUCUCCAGAGGCCUUUCUACAGGAAGCACAGGUCAUGAAAAAGCUAAGGCACGAGAAGCUGGUCCAGCUGUAUGCCGUAGUGUCUGAGGAGCCCAUCUACAUUGUGACAGAGUAUAUGAGUCAAGGUAGCUUAUUGGACUUCCUCAAAGGGGAUGCAGGAAAGAUGCUUCGUCUGCCACAGCUGGUAGACAUGGCUGCUCAGAUUGCUGCCGGGAUGGCUUAUGUGGAGAGGAUGAACUACGUUCACAGAGACCUGCGUGCAGCAAACAUCUUGGUGGGAGACAACCUGGUGUGUAAGGUGGCCGACUUUGGUCUCGCAAGACUGAUUGAAGACAACGAGUACACAGCAAGGCAAGGUGCCAAGUUUCCAAUCAAAUGGACUGCACCAGAGGCAGCGCUGUACGGCCGUUUCACCAUAAAGUCAGACGUCUGGUCCUUUGGGGUGCUUCUCACAGAGCUCGCAACCAAAGGCCGAGUUCCUUAUCCAGGUAUGGUUAAUCGAGAGGUGCUUGACCAGGUUGAGCGUGGCUACAGGAUGCCUUGCCCAGCAGAGUGCCCCACUUCCUUGCAUGACCUCAUGCUUUCCUGCUGGAGGAAGGAUCCUGAAGAGAGGCCUACAUUUGAGUACCUGCAGGGCUUCCUAGAAGACUACUUCACCUCCACAGAACCCCAGUAUCAACCUGGGGAGAACCUAUAG